GCAACACGACACAUGUUUAUCUGGCUCAAGAACGCAGGAAAACGAAAACGCAUUGAUAGGUGAUGAACGUUCUCUCUCAGUCAUUACACCAUUUAUACAACUUUUCAGUACAGAAUCUGUAUCUAUUGAUGUCGAUGUACUUUCUGCUAUAAGAUUAUGUUGUUUCCAAAGACCGAAUAAGAGAAAGAGCCAUACUGUCGUCGUUGCGUUUGUAAUUAGGUUCAGACCAAAAUGGCGUCGAAAGAAAGCCAGAAACAGAGACGAGAGAGUAGAGGCGAGCCCGAUCCCAAUCUCCCUCCACCUUUCGAUGUGCCGUCCUGGGCUGGGAAACCUCCAGCAGGACUUCACUUAGAUGUCAUCAAAGGAGACAAGAUGAUAGAGAAACUGAUCAUUGAUGAGAAGAAGUACUACCUGUUUGGAAGGAACUCCAAGAUGUGUGACUUCUGUAUCGACCACCAGUCCUGUUCCAGAUGCCAUGCAGCUCUGGUCUGGCACAAGCACCUCAACAGAGCUUUCCUCAUAGACUUGAAUAGCACACAUGGCACUCACAUUGGCAACAUCCGCCUAGAGCCAAGCAAACCCCAGCAAGUUCCCCUGGACUCUGUCCUGAGGUUUGGAGCCUCCACGCGGACAUACGUCCUGCGCGAGAAGCCACAGACAGUCACUACUGUAAAGUCAGACGACACAGAAACAGUUGGAGAAGAGGAGAUUUCCACAGGAUUGCUGGGUCUACCGGAAGAGGAGACAGAAUUGGAUAACUUGACAGAAUUUAACACAGCCCACAACAAGAGGAUCACAGUAUACAGUGUGGAAGAGUCCAACCUAGAAGUCACCCCCUCCCCCAUCAAGAGGAAGAGAAAAAGCAUGCAGUCAGUGAGAUUCAUGGAUGAUGAAGAGGUUAUUAACCCAGAGGACGUUGACCCCAGUGUUGGCAGGUUCAGAAACCUGGUAUCCACAGAGGUUAUUCCAGUCAAGAAAAGGAAAGCAGAGGACAUCCCCAUUCACCAGAUUCCAUGGCCAAACGUAUGCAGCAAUUCUACACACCAGGUUUGUACAGUGAUCUGACGUCCUCGGGUGAUGCGCACACUCCCACAUCUCCCACAGCAGGCAUGAUUGGUUCCUCUGUCUUCAGCGGGUUCAGACCAAACCUGGCACCUGAGGUCGACUUGGCACCUGUGCCUGAACUGCCUGCCACCCAUCCUGCCACAGUUAUCAGUACUGAAGUCUCAUCUUCUGAACCAAAGAAAAAGAAAUACGCAAAGGAAGCUUGGCCCGGAAAGAAGCCUACACCAUCACUACUGGUUUAGGAGAGGUCUAUUUUUCUUCAGCUCAGUAGUUUCUGUUUUUCUUCUUGAACUCAAAAUACCGGUGGUUGUGCUGACAACCCAGCAGAAACCUGUGUUGUUUUUCUUUUGCAAUCAUCUUUCUUUUCAUGCAACAACGAGCUAUCAGAGGAACAAACCAUUUCCAUGUGCGGGGGUGCGCUGUUGCUGAUUUGUUGAUGGAUAUUCCUAUGGAGCUUUUCCCAAUCAAGGAUGUCAACGAUAACAAGACAAGGCUCAUGACCCAGGAAGUCUUUGAUAUCACAAUCCGUUACCAACAGAUGAGGGUCUCAACACUGAAAUGUGGACUGCAGUACAGACUUUAUUUUAGCAUUGUGGCAGACUCAUUGAAUUGUGAGAGAAGACAUAAUGUUAUAUACUGUAUAUCUAUAGCCCAGAGACACUGGCCAUGUGAUAACAUUAUCUAAGUGUGGUUACAUACUUCAUUUGGCAGCUCUGCCCUGAAGUGUGAUUGACAAAUACUAAUACCCUGCUAGUCACAAGUUUGAACGUAAAGGAAUUUGCAGUUUUUGUAGACAUCACUAUUUUCUAGUAUGUCCUGUUGACAGUGACUAAAGUAAAGAAAAAACUAUACUGACUGGUAGUAUUUGGAUUCAGGUGUGACAUUUCUGAAGGUUGUAUUGUGAAGAUUCUUUUGUAAUGGAACAAUAUUCAAAGACAGUGAAAAGAUUAAUUUGGCCAGUCCAUUGUAGAGGUUCUAGGACAAUGCAAAUCACCAUGUUAUUAUGUAUUCAUGUGUAAUAUCUUUAUAUGUAGAAGUCCUUUAUUCUCUUACUGCAGUUAAUCAGAUAAUGUAUGGUAUGCUUUGUAGCCUGAAUUAUCAAACCAGUUAAAAAUUUCAGUGCUGUAGGAUUUGCUAAAGGACCUUUAAUCUUACAUAGACCAUUUCUACAAUUACACAAUUAUGUCGACAAUGCAGCCUUGAACUAUGUUUCUAGUUUCUUUUGUAGAGGAAUAUUUUAUAUAGGUUCAUGACGUUAGCUUGUAUAAAUAUGUGUAAGAAUUAAGUUGCAUAAAAUAUAUGGGGUGAGCACAUUAUUCUUCUGUAGUGGAAUAUGAACAGAAUAUAACACGUACAUCAUAUUUUCAUCCUGGACCCAAAGUGUGUAAGAUGUGAAUGAUACAUGUACUUGGAGUAAAUAAUUAUUCUGAGGUGUGGAACAUGUAAUUUUACAAGCCCAGGUUCUGAGCAUACAAAUUCUCACUGGUUUGUAGCAACCAUUUUAUUGCAAUUAAAUGGACCACUUAGAUUCAGUAUCAAGAAUAUUUACUGCACUGUAUUGUCAACAAUUGUGCCACCCUUCUUGUAAGAUCUAUGGUACUCUUCAGAAUAAAACAUGUUCCUCUCUUGUAACUUAUUGUCUGAUUUAGAACUACAGUAUCUUUCAGCUGAAUAGUACUGUAAUCAUUACAUCUUUGGUGCUAGACCUAGUCACCUA